CUUCUAGCAGCAGGAGAGAGUAGCCAGCAGUUCUUUACCAGUGGUCAUCGUGAACCUCUUUAGCCCACUUGCUUGUAACCAUGAGCUUCUCUUCUUUUUCCAAUUACUCCACAAGACAACAGCGCCCCUAUACCUUGAGCUCUCCAUAUGGAGGAGCCAGCAGUGCUGCUAGUGUCCAUGCUGGGGCAGGAGGCUCGGGAGCCCGGAUCUCAGUAUCCAGGGUAUCUACUUUGGGCUCAGGGUUCGGUGGUGGCUCCAGUGCUUUUGCAUCUGGGUCUAGCCUUCUAGGAGGUGUCCAAAAUGAAAAGGAGACCAUGCAAGACCUCAAUGACCGCCUGGCAUCUUACCUGGAGAGGGUACGCAGUCUUGAAUCAGCCAAUCAAAAACUCGAGGUGCAGAUUCGUCAACAUAUGGAUAAGAAGGGACCCUCAAAGGACUGGAGCCCAUACUUCAAGACUCUGGAAGAUCUGCGGAAACAGGUAUUUGACAGCACCGUUGAGAACUCCCAGCUGGUUCUGCAGAUUGACAACGCACGUCUCGCAGCAGACGACUUCAGAGUAAAGUAUGAGUCAGAGCUGGCUAUCCGUCUGUCCGUGGAGUCUGAUAUUAAUGGGCUGCGCAAGGUCAUCGAUGAUACCAAUAUUUCCAGACUGAAUUUGGAGAAUGAGAUUGAGUCUCUAAAGGAAGAGCUGAUCUUCCUGAAGAAGUCUCAUCAAGAUGAGGUCAAUCAGCUCAAUGCUCAGAUAGCUGGUUCUGCAGUUACAGUGGAGGUAGAUGCCCCCAAAUCUCAAGACCUUGGUAAAAUAAUGGCUGACAUCCGGGCACAGUAUGAUGCACUGGCCCAGAAGAACCGCGAAGAUGCUGAGAAAUGUUACCAGUCAAAGGUGGAGGAACAUACAGUACAAAUAACUCAGGAUUCUGAGGCUCUUCACUCCGCAAAGACCACAGUAACCGAGCUAAGACGCAGUUUACAGUCACUGGAAAUUGAACUUGAAACUCUACGAAACCAGAAACAAAAUCUUGAAGGUUCUCUUCAUGACACUGAAUCCCGCUACGCCAUGGAACUCGAGAUGCUCGCUGGCAACGCCCAGGCUUUUGAGGCAGAGCUGACACAAGUGCGCAAUGACUCCCAGAGACAACAGCUUGAGUACCAGAAUCUUCUCAACACCAAACAAAGACUGGAAAACGAAAUCCAGACAUACAGACGUCUCCUCGAUGGGGAUGACUUUGACCUUCAAGACGCAAUUUCAGCAACAACAACACAGACAGUGAAGAAGGUCAUCACGACAACACAGAAGAUAGUAGACGGAAAAGUUGUAUCAGAAAGCAACGACACACAUGUGCUUCAUUCUUAACUGACCAUUCUGCCGCCCGCCAGGAAGCAACAUAGUCCGAGGCAUUUCAAUAAAUAAAAGAUCCAGGAUUUCAAUA